AUGGAUCCCGACGAACUCGAUCGCAUGUCGAAACAAGUGCAGGACUUAUCUGGAAGGCGGCUGUCAGAUAUCCGUGUCGAUCUCUUAAAGACCAAGAGUGUGGAAAUGACAGUGAACCGGAUCUUUGACGGAAGCUUUCUUGAAGGGACCGAUCGCGACCCAUCGCUGCAAUCGCAUAUUAUCUUGGAUUCGGACGACGACGAUCUAGGGGAUCUUCCACCUGCAAGGACAACAACGACGUUACAACGCCAGAUCUCUAUACCAUCAUCUCCUGAACGAGUAGCAUCAUUAUCACCUCUUGGAUUACCUUUAACGCCAUCUCCUCCUGCUCCACGAUUGUCAAUCUCUCCACCAUUACUACUAGCAUCAACAUCAUCAUCAACAUCACAACCACAACCACAACAGCUGCGGAAUUCACCAUUAUUAUCCAACAACCCCAUUUCUCCCAUAAGAGAACCAUCGUCAUUCAUGUUACCAGAGAAAGCACCUUCUGACGCAUCAUCACCACCUCUUGAUUUGAUAUCAUCACCUAUCGCUUCAUCUCCAGCACCAAGUCUUCAUCAUAACGCUCGGAAACGCCGACCCCUUUUCGAUGAUGAUGAUGAUGAUGAAAAUGAUGAUCAUGGUAUCAGAUCUCAGUCGACUCAACCUAUCAUGGGAUCUCAAGGUGGCACCUCAGUAAUGGAUGCCAUUGAUCUUGCAUCAAGCAAUGACGAAGACGAUGAUGAUGGUACUUUUUCGGCUACUCUUCAAGGCUCGGCACCAUCCACACCCAGUACUAAACGACAACGACGUAAAUCGCCUCCACCAACAUUUGACGCCAUGCAACCGCAACGACGUACAGCAUUCUCAAUGGAUUAUUUGAAGGAGUGGGAUUAUGAUGAUAGCAGCAGUAGUAGUAGCAGUGAAUCAGAAAAGGAGGUCGCUAUACAAAGAUUUGCCAAGUCAAAACGUGCCCAAUCCCAAAAGAAAAAAGAAGAGCAAGCUGCCAAAAAGAAAGCACGUGAUGAAAAAAAGCGACAAGAAAAGCAAGAGAAGGAAAGGGCCAAGGAACAGCUCAAGGCUGAGAAGGAAAAGAAAAAGAUGUUUGAGCAAGCCAAUCGACUACGGAGAAAGCGUGAUGACUUGUACAGCGAGAUGAUAUUGGAGGUGGAUAAGGAGUUUGCAUCAUCGUCACGUGGUGAGCUGUUACGCCAAGUGAUCAUUCCCAAAGAAGCCGAGAUCAAGGAGGUGGAAACCAUGUAUUAUACCAUUGCUUGGAGUCGCAAGUGUACAGCCGAGUGGAAUGAAGAGCUGGCAUCCUUUAUCCCAUACCCUGACAAAAAAGUACGCAUUGUCCAAGAACCUCAAGUGUUGAUAUUCAUGCCAGUACCCGAGCUAUGUGAACUCGUCAAAUCAUCGGAUCGAGAUCGUCGUAUUGAUCGUAUGCAAGCUGCUGCUGGAAAUGACAAGCAAUUGCUUCUUAUGGUGGAAGGACUUGAAACUUAUUACAAGCGCAAGAACCUGCUCAGGCAACGAGAUUUCGAACAAGCUGUCAUUCGCUCUAUAGAAAAUGGACACGCUACCGCAGAAUCAAGCAGCAGCAGUAGUAGCAAUAGGCGGAUACGAGAUCCUUUGACAGCUGCAGCUAUGACAGGUCCCACAAAGCAAGAUAUGGAAGAAGCCCUGACGUAUUUUCAGCUGAUGAAGAAUAUUAUGCUGGUGCCAACGACGGAUGAGGAAGACACAGUGGAUUGGAUUGUGGCUCUUACUGCUGACAUUGGUAGUGCUCCAUACAAAAAGCAGCAACUUAGAAAACAUGGCGCAUUUCGUUGUGGCAAGGAUCCUGCGGAUACGUGGAACAAGAUGUUGCAAGAAAUUCACCUCUGCACACCACCCAUUGCACAAGCUGUAACACGUACAUACCCCACGGUGCAAUCUUUACAUCAUGCAUACAAAGGAUUGGCUGAUAAGGAAGAACGAGUUUCCAUGCUGGCUGAUGUUGAAGUUGAUCGAGCCAUUACAGCGUCUCGUGGUCGGCAUAUCAACAAGUCCAUGUCUAGAAAGAUUUAUACCAUAUUCUCAUCGAAUGAUCCCUCACAAUACAUUUCAUGA